GGGGGAAGUGACGUGUGGCGGCGGCGGGGCCUGGGCGCUGCUGUCAGAACGCGGGCUGGCAUGUCGGCUCUGGUGCGGCUGGCGCCUUUUGCGCGCGUAGGAGGCCACUUGUUUAGAGGCCGCCGCGCGCGGGCGGCUGGAGGCUGUGGAGUCCGUCAUGCUGGUGGAGGUGUGCAUGUCGAGCCCCGGUACAGACAGUUUCCCCAGCUGACCAGAUCCCAGGUGAUCCAGGCCGAGUUCUUCAGUGGGACCAUGUGGUUCUGGAUUCUCUGGCGCUUUUGGCAUGACUCAGAUGCCGUCCUGGGUCACUUUCCAUAUCCAGAUCCCUCCCAAUGGACAGAUGAAGAAUUAGGUAUCCUUCCCGAAGAUGAGGACUGAAAAUGCAGACUCAGCUCUUUCCAAAUGGGAGCCAGGUGAGAAUUUCAAGAAAUUACGGACGUCAUAUUGUAUAUUGAAGUUGUAAAUUAAAGUUUUGGUCCAUGA